UCGUAAAAUAGUUAUCAGGAUCAAAAUGAGCUGGACAGGAGCAGAUUGGAUGUGUGCAGCGUGUCAACACCAUAAUUUUAAAAGGAGAGAAUCAUGCCAACGCUGCGGGUAUCCCAAGUGCGGUGGCCCUGAUGUAUCAACCUACUUAUACAACCGGACAGAAGUUUUGCCCGGAGACUGGUAUUGUGCUGCCAUGACCUGUGGAGCUCACAACUAUGCUAGCAGAACAAACUGCCAUCGAUGUGGUACCAUGAAAAAUGAUUAUGGUGGUUAUAGCUCAGGAGGGAGUGCGCCUCCUGGAUGGAGAACUGGUGAUUGGAUGUGCACCAGAUAUGGCUGUGGAGUUCACAAUUAUGCUAGCAGGGUGGAAUGCUUCAAAUGCAGGAUACCAAGGGAUUUCGGUAAGAAAUCUUGAUAGUUAUUGCAGCAUUGAUCUUAUCAUAGCAAAGAAAAUGAAUAAAUCCAACAUAAUCCACUGAAAAGCUAUUCAGUCAAAUUUCUGACAUUUUUUUUUUCUUUUUGCUCUACUUUUCAGGUGGUGCUUAGGAAUUUAGGAAGAGAAUAUAUUCAAUGUUACUAAUUUAAUCUCUCUUCAUUUCUGAUCCUUCCAUCAUCACUUUUGUUUAAUUUGGAGUCAAAUAACAUUUAGGUUGGCCAAGAGUGAAGGCCUUUUUCCAAGCAUAGCCAUGGAAUAUUGCACUGAUCGGCAGAAGGGUUUCUGGUUUUAUUUUGUGGUGU